AUGGACACUUCGAAAGCAACAGAGGCUCUGGUCGUUGGCCGGUACAGCAAGAACGUCAGCACCAGGCUAGAUGCUCUUGACGCUGUGGCGCCACUGAUCUAUAACAAGCGAAACACCGACAUCAAGGACGACCAAAAGAGCAUAUCAAGUCCAGAAGAGCUCGAACCAGAGUAUUUCAGUGAUCGUGCAGAGAUUGAACGGCGCGGACAACAACUGGCAUUUGAUUACACACUCACUCAAAAGUCCAGUCAGUCCGAGCGCCAGGCCAGGCAUCUGCUGGAGAUCGCUAGGCAUAAUGACGAGAUUGUCUUCUACUCAGAAAAUCCCGGACUUGAAGGCUAUCAUGGCCAAAUACAUCCUCGUUUCUCUGGGGAUCAUUUCCUGACAAAUCUGGACCUGAUUGAUCGUACGGUACUGUUCAAGGUGGCGCAAAGGAUGCCCAAAGGUGCACAUCUUCAUGUCCACUUUAACUCUACUCUUCUCCCCAAUGCUCUUCUCGACAUUGCCGAGAAAAUGGAGCAGAUGUACAUCUCUAGCGACAAACCACUAACAAGUGUGGAAAAUCUCAAUACAUGCGAAGUUCAGUUCCUCAUGAAAGCACCAGAGGUAGUAAAGGGAGAUCGUUUGGUUCAUAUUAACGAAAACGACUCUACGGACGCCCAUCUAUUGAGACUCCUGACAGUUAGCACUUAUGAUUUGACCUGGAAGGAGUGGUUGGUUAGCAAGCUUGUGUUCGACGACCAAGAAGUUCACAACUCUGGACAGACAUCUGAGGGGGCAUGGGAGAAAUUUAAUGGUCGAACAAGAAUGAUGAAAGGGCUGUUCAACUACGAGACAGCUUUCACGCAAUAUACUACGGAAUGCCUUAAGGAGUUUGACGAAGAUGGAAUUCAAUACGCAGAAAUUCGCCCGAAUUUCAUGACAACAAAUCAGAUCUGGACAGAUGACGGGACGAGGCAACUAGACAACAAGCAGACAAUGCAGAAAAUCGUGGAUCAAUUUCAGAAAUACAAAUCCGAUAAUAAGAACUCGAAGAUCUGCGGUUUGAAAGUCAUUUACUGCACGCCCCGUUCCUUCGCAGCGGAUAAAGUCCAGGCCGCCCUCGAUGAAUGUCUCAAAUUUGUGGUCGAAGACGGUUUCAAAGACUACAUUGCAGGUUUCGACCUGGUCGGUGAAGAGGCGCAGGGAAAGCCUCUAAAGGCGUUUAUUCCACAAUUCCAGGACUUUAAAAGGAAAUGUCAACAGCUCGGAGUUACCAUCCCGUUCCUCUUCCACUGCGGCGAAACCCUGGAAUUGGGUGGUGACACUGAUGGUAACUUAGUGGAUGCUCUGCUGCUCGACUCCAAGCGCAUCGGUCACGGCUUCGCUUUAGCCCGCAAACCCUAUCUGAUCUCGGAGUUCAAGAAACGAAACAUCUGUCUCGAAGUCUGCCCCAUUUCAAACCAGGUGCUUGGAUUAACACCAAGGAUGAACGGCCAUGCUAUAUACGACCUAUUGGCCAACGAUGUCCACUGCACUGUUAACAGUGACAACGGAACACUAUUCAAAUCUACACUUUCUCACGAUUUUUAUGAAGUGAUGGCUGGAAGCAAGGCUAUGAACUUGCAUGGCUGGCGUCAACUCGUUGAAUGGAGUAUUGAUCAUGCUAGCUUGACUCCCCAAGAACUCGCACGACUCAGGAGUGUGUGGGAACCGCUUUGGAACGACUUCAUCGAGCAAAUCAAUAAGUCGCUUGAGGGAAUUCAAGCAAUCGAGCAACCAGCGAAGAGAGAGGAGCGUCCUGAAGUAUUACAGAGAUUCGCCAGCCAAGUCAAGUCAUGGGAAGCGAGAGCAACAGAUAUCCAGGAUUCAUGGAGCUCAGCGUUCAAGCGUUGA